AAGGUGACCGUGUGGGCGGUGGAGGUCCCGGAUGUUGUUGCCAUGGCGGCGGUGGAGAGAGGCUCCGAGGUAAAAGGUGACCCGGAUGAGGUGCCUGAGCUGAAUCUCGGUGAACUGGACAUCACAUCCGAUGAAUUUAUUCUGGAUGAAGUGGACACACAUAUCCAAGCUAAUCUGGAAGAUGAAUUGGUGAAGGAGGCAUUGAAAACAGGUGUGGAUCUGAGGCAUUACUCCAAACAGGUCGAGACUGAAUUACAGCACAUCGAACAUGCCUCCAUCAAGGACUACAUUAAGGAAAGUCAGAACAUUUCAAGUCUCCACAAUCAGAUCACAGCCUGUGACACCAUCCUGGAGCGGAUGGAGCAGAUGCUGAGCAUGUUCCAGUCUGACCUCAGCAGUAUCAGCUCGGAGAUCCAGACCCUGCAGGAACAGUCCAUUACCAUGAACAUCAAGCUGAAGAAUCGCCAGUCUGUGCGCAGUGAGCUGAGCCAGUUGGUCGACGAGCUGGUCAUUCCCAACUCCAUGAUCAUGACGAUUCUGGAGACGCCUGUGACUGAGCAGCAAUUUCUGGAACAACUGCACGAACUCAAUAACAAGAUCAACUACGUGAAGGAGCAGUCCUUUAAGGAAACGCUGGCUUGUUCAGAUGUGCAGGACACCCUGGACCGGCUGAAGAUUAAGGCCGUCUCGAAGAUCCGGGAAUAUAUUCUCCAGAAGAUCUACUCCUUCAGGAAGCCGAUGACAAACUACCAGGUUCCGCAGAACGCGCUGCUCAAGUACAGGUUUUUUUACCAGUUCCUGCUCGCGACCGAGCGACAUGUGGCCAAGGAGAUCCGGGAUGAGUACGUUGACACCAUGAGUAAGAUCUACUUCUCCUACUUCAAGUCGUACAGCAGCCGCCUGAUGAAAGUGCAGUACGAAGAGGUCGCUGACAAAGAUGACCUGAUGGGUGUAGAGGACACCGCAAAGAAAGGCUUCUUCUCCAAACCUUCACUGAAGAAUCGCAACACCAUUUUUACCCUGGGGAACCGAGGCAACGUCAUCUCGUCAUCGGAACUGGAGGCACCCAUCAUCGUGCCUCACGCAGCUCAGAGGAGCGACGUUCGGUAUCCCUUUGAGAGUCUGUUCCGCAGCCAGCACUACGCACUUCUCGAUAACAGUUGCCGUGAAUAUCUGUUUCUCUGUGAUUUCUUCAUGGUGACCGGGAACUCUGCGCAGGAUCUGUUUAAUGCCAUCAUGGGGAAGACCCUCACCAUGUUCCUGAAACACGUGGAUACCUACAUUGCUGAUUGCUUUGACAGCAUCGCCAUCUUCCUGUCCAUCCACAUCAUCCUCCGCUUCCGGACCAUCAUGGCCAAGAGGAAUGUGCCCGCUGUUGAUAAGUACUGGGAGACGUUGUUGGAAAUCCUCUGGCCCAGGUUUGAGCAUAUCCUGGAGUUGAACAUUCAGAGCAUCCGCAACACAGACCCCCAGAAGCUGGGAGCUCUCGACACCCGGCCACACUAUGUCACGAGAAGGUAUGCCGAGUUUUCCUCAGCGAUUGUCAGCAUCAAUGACACGUUUCCCAACGAGAAGACACAUAAUCUACUGGGACAGCUACAGGUGGAGGUGGAGAACUUUGUCCUGCGCAUGGCAGCGGAGUUUGCAACACGGAGGGAGCAGCUCAUCUUCCUCAUCAACAACUACGACAUGAUGCUGGGGGUCCUCAUGGAACGAGCGGCUGAUGACAGUAAGGAGGUGGAGAGUUUCCAACAGCUGCUGGCUGCCCGGACCCAGGAGUUUAUCGAAGAGAUCCUGUCCCCCCCGUUUGGGGGGAUGAUCUCCUUUGUUAAGGAAGCCGAGCUUCUCAUUGAGAAGGGGCAGGUGGACAAGCUGAAAACUGAGGAAGGCAGGGUGGUGCAGCUGGUACGAGGAUUUGCCGGGACCUGGAAACAAUCUGUUGAGAAUCUGAGUCAGGAUGUGAUGAGGUCAUUCACCAACUUCAAGAAUGGGACAGGAAUCAUCCAGGGUGCUCUGACCCAGCUGAUCCAAUACUACCAUCGGUUCCACAAGGUCCUGUCUCAGCCUCCGUUCAAAACCCUCCCUGUACGCUCCGAUCUCAUCAACAUCCACCACCUCAUGGUCGAAGUGAAGAAACACAAACCCAGCUUCUAAACUACCAGAUCUCUCUCUGUCUGUCUGUCUGUCUGACUGCCUGUCUCCCUCCCUGUGUCUGUCUGUGUCUGUCUGUGUCUGUCUGUGUCUGUCUGUGUCUGACUCUCUGUCUGUUUCUCUCUCUCUCUCUCUCUCUCUCUCUCUCUCUGUCUGACUGCCUGUCUCCCCCUCACUCUCUCUCUCUCUCUCUUUCUCUGUGUCUGACUGCAUACCUCUGUCUCCCUCUCUCUCUGCCUGUCUCUCUCUCUCUCUCUCUCUCUCUCUCUCUCUCCAUGUAUGUCUCUCUCUGUAGUGGGAGUGACAGUCCGUACCGAGGAGGGAGUGGGGAUGUUGCUGUGGGACCCAGCAGACACUGUUGGCAGCUGUGACUGGUCUUUGGCCUUUGAUCUGAACCUGCAGUUGCUCCACUUCAUCCAGCUCUCAGUGAUUGACGUUGCUGCAUCUCCCUGAUCCUCCCAAACCCGGAACCUCAGGGGAUCGAGAUGAUCGAGGUGGGGCAAGGGUGGGGCUCAGUCUUUGUGGGAAGGGAGAACCAUUUGCUGACAUUGUUUGAGGGAAUGUGACAUUGAGCUAAAGCAGGCCAUUAAAGCAUUGGAUGUGAAUGGUGUUGGUGUCUGUGUGCUCAGUGCUGAGCAUCUCCAAUGGAGGGAGAUUGGGGAAGGGGCGAGUCUCCUGUGUACAUUCACCAGCUGCCCAAUACCCCUCCACACGCUGUGUUUAAAUCCGGGACUUCACAGCCUCGCCCCACACCCCCUCCCCAACUGACCUGUGCCCACGAGAUGAUUUGAAAACCUGGUCUAACUCUGGGGUCACUGUGAAGCUGUAAAUCCCCGGUGUCACCUCCCCCUGACCCAGGCACAGCCCUUUCCUAACCCCAACCCAUACCCCUCAGCAAAUCCCAAUACACCCCCUCCCCCACACCUACCCCCCCCGACCCACUCCCUGUCAUUCUGCAUUUCCCAUGGCCAAUCCACCCUAACCUGCACAUCCCUGGACACUAUGGGACAAUUCCCCAUGGCCAAUCCACCCUAACCUGCACAUCCCUGGACACUGUGGGACAGUAUCCCACGGCCAAUCCACCCUAACCUGCACAUCCCUGGGCACUAUGGGACAAUUUCCCACGGCCAAUCCACCCUAACCUGCACAUCCCUGGGCACUAUGGGACAAUCCCCCAUGGCCAACCCACCCUAACCUGCACAUCCCUGGGCACUAUGGGACAGUAACAUUGACACCACAUGCCUGCCAGUCUAUGACCAUCACCAAUAAAGGAGGAUCUGACCAACUCCCCCUUCACAUUCAAUGGUGUUACCAUCACUCCCACCCCCACUGGCAGCAGCCUCGGGUGCUAUUGACUGGAAACUGAAAUGGAAAUGAAUCAUUGGUGACCUUUAAGCGGCAAUUGGAUAGGUACAAAUGUUCAGCACAACAUCGUGGGCCGAAGGGCCUGUUCUGUGCUGUAUUGUUCUAUGUUCUAUCAAUAAACACAGAGCAGGUCAGAGGCUGGGAAUAGUGCAACGAGUAACUCCCCUCCAGACUCACCGCAAAGCCAGUCCCACCAUCUACAAGGCAGGAGGGUGAGGGAAUACUCCCCACUUGCCCCUCGAUGGGGGAAGCUCCAAUUACACUCAAGAAGCUCAACACCAUCCAGGGACAAAGCAGCCCCACAUCCCCAAACAUCCCCUCCCUCCAUCUCUUCUCCCGCUCCACCCCCUCCCCCGACACUCAGUAACAGCAGUGUGUACCAUCUACAAGAUACCCUGCAGAAACUCCCCAAACAUCCCCUCCCUCCACCCCCCGACACUCAGUAACAGCAGUGUGUACCAGCUACAAGAUACCCUGCAGAAACUCCCCAAACAUCCCCUCCCUCCACCCCCCGACACUCAGUAACAGCAGUGUGUACCAUCUACAAGAUACCCUGCAGAAACUCCCCAAACAUCCCCUCCCUCCACCCCCCGACACUCAGUAACAGCAGUGUGUACCAUCUACAAGAUACCCUGCAGAAACUCCCCAAACACCCCCUCCCUCAACCCCCCGACACUCAGUAACAGCAGUGUGUACCAUCUACAAGAUACCCUGCAGAAACUCCCUAAACAUCCCCUCCCUCCACCCCCCCGACACUCAGUAACAGCAGUGUGUACCAUCUACAAGAUACCCUGCAGAAACUCCCCAAACAUCCCCUCCCUCCACCCCCCGACACUCAGUAACAGCAGUGUGUACCAUCUACAAGAUACCCUGCAGAAACUCCCCAAACAUCCCCUCCUUCCACCCCCCCGACACUCAGUAACAGCAGUGUGUACCAGCUACACGAUACACUGCAGCUCCCCCCCACCUUCUCAAGGGGGGCAACUAGGGUCAGGGGCAGGAAAUGCAGCUCCCCCCCACCUUCUCAAGGGGGGCAACUUGGGUCAGGGGCAGGAAAUGCAGCUCACACCCACCUUCUCAAGGGGGGGUAACUAGGGACAGGGGCAAGAAAUGCUGGGCCCAGCCAGUGACUCCCAUGUCCCUGAGUGGUUUUUCACCAAGGUCCCCCCAUAUCCUGCUGGAAAGGGCGACAGUGAAGGAACAGCGAUGUGAUUCCAAGCCGGGAUGGGGAGCAGCUCGGAGGGGGUGGUGUUCCCACCUACCUGCAGCUUCUGUGACCCAUGUCUGUGGUCUCAUCAGGAGGUGGUGGAAUGAUUAGACCAGAAUUCAGAACUGGAGAGUGAGAUUUAUUGACAGAAACUGAGCAUCCCAUUGCCAAUGGUCACUGCAGGUUUGGCAUUCAAAUCAAAUGUCAUCUGGGGAAAAAGUAAGUUAAUAAAAGUGACUUGUACAAA